AUGCCGAAGCCGAAUCCGCCGCCCAAAGAAGACACAUGGGCUUUUCAACCAAUCGGUUCACCAUUUCCACCAUCGCCUGUCAAAUGUAUGGGCGAACAGAACAUGUACGUCGCUUUGUGGUAUAAACACGGAAAACCGAUUCAUGGAAGAUCGUGGAACAAUGGUGGAGUUGUUGAGUGCUCUUUCCCAUACAAAACUGCCGAGUUGAAGACGAAACAAGAGUUGGAGGGACAAAUUCAAGUUUUGCAAUAUAUUGGAGACCAUAAUACUCAAGGUUGGUUGGAAAUCGGGGGGAAUUGAGCAAAAAAUCGAAUUUUUCGAGAAGAAUGGGGGUACUGUAGAACGAAAUGUGUGUGCGCAGGGUGAAUGCACAAAACACACCUGACUUGACGACACUUUAUUUUUUACGGGCGGUUUUUGCGGUUUUGGGGCAUUUUUCAAAGUUUUCGGCGAUUCUGAAGUGAUUUUUAGGUGUUUUGCACCUAGUUUAGGUAAGAAUUUAAAGAAACUAUAGGAUUUCAAGAAAUUUUUAGAAAUUUCUAAACGUUUUAGAGCUUUUUAAAGCAACACCCUCGUAUAAUAGGCACUUUCUUGAAAAAAGCCCAAAUGUUCUCAAAUCUUAGAUUUAGCUUAUUUUUACUGUUUUCUAGUUCGGAGAAAAAAUUCAAAACGUUUCGAUAAGUAUUAGCCGAAAUAUGGGAGCCCAUUGAAAAACUGAAAAAACUCAAAUUCAAACAGCGCGGGCUAGCGUCAACGCGGAGUCUCGUUGUUUUCUUUUUAUUUUUUCGCAAAAUUUUUCCGUUUUUUUCGGAAAAUGACAAUUUGCAUGGAAACAACUGUUUUCUGGAUAUGAAAAAAAUAAAGUGAAGAAAUAUAAACACGAAGAUUCAAUAUUUCAGACGAAAACUAAAUUUUUCUAUGGAAAUUGUGUUUUUUUAGUUUUUGACCGGAAUAUGCAAUAUAAAACUGAAAUAUCAUUGUCAAAAAUGAAAGUAGAGAUAGUUAAGUAUGUUCAGAAAUCAUUGUUAUAAUUUAUUUCAUUGUUUUCAGUGAAACAAUUCACUUUUUGUUGAAAAAAGUUGAAAGGGGUACUGUAGCACACAAUUGUCGUCACAGUGUUUGCACAAAUGUCAUGAAAUUGCGGAUCUGCACAAUCUGCAGGCGAUUUUCAAAAAAAAAUUGUUUUUUUUUCAAAAUCGGUCAAACUUGAUCGUUUUUGAGUAUUUCUUCUUCAUAUUUCUUGUGAGUAUAGCUGGAUAGGUUAAUUUUAUAUAUUUUGGUGUUUGAAAGCAUUUCGCAAUGGCCUUAUUAUACGAGGGUGUUGCUUUAAGGCUCUGCCCAAUUUUGAAGGCUUUUUGAAUCUUUUGACGAAUGGUCAGAGCAGAUUUCACUAGGUUUCUCGGCAGUGGAAACUACUAAAAAAAACCCUAUUCCUAUUAAAAAUAUGAAUUUUUCAGGUUUCUGGUACGAAUGGAUCAAGUACAAGGACCGUCUCGAAAAAAUCGACGACAAACAUCAAUUGGUUCGUUGCGGUGAUUCGUUCCCAAUCUUCUGGAAACGCAAGGAAGGAAAUCUCCUCGGCUACGUUGACAACAAAACCGAAGAAGCCUGGUUCUCUGCCGAUGGAAAAGUGCACAGAUUGGUCGGACCAGCUCUUGCCGAAAUGUACAUUAUUGUGCGCAACUGCAUUGGCGGACCACCACAUUGUGAAUGUGACAAUUGUCCGAAACCGCCGCCACCACCACCAGUUCCACCACCGGGUCCACCACCACCAAGAGUUUGCCACGAUGAAUGGAUUGAUAUUCGUGAGGGUGAUCCGUUCCCGACACGCAAAUUGGUCAAGGCUUUGGACAAGACUUUGGACACUUUGCCUGGAGUUAAUCCAGAUCAAUAUGUUGCUUUGUGGUAUAUGCAAGGAGAACCAGUUAUGGGACGUGUUUGGAACGAGAAUGGAAAGGUUUGUGCUCGAAAGACUUUAGGCUUAGCCUUUCACUAGCUUUCCCACUUCAAUUUCCCAUUUUUCUAGGUUGCUGCCAACUUCUCUUGGUUCAACAAUGAAUAUUGCAAAGGAGUCGGUUCAAUUCAAUUGUUGGUCCGUCUUGGAGAACAUGUCGUCGGUUAUCAAUAUGGCUGGAUUCCAUUCCCAGAAGCUGCCAAAUUCGAGGAAGGAAAAGACUGGAAACCGGUCCACGUCAACAAUCACAAGGGUGACAUUUCUGUUGGUGUCGUCAAUUUGGCUGGAGGUAAACAAAUUUUGGCCAAAGUUGAUGUUCGUAACGAGAAGUAUGGAUAUGGUUUUGGUGGAAAGGAGGUUUCGGCGAGUGGACCGGCUUGCGCUUCUUCUGUCACUGUUUUGUGUCGUAAAGCGUUGCCGGGAUACAAGUUGGAUGGAUAA